CAUUAUACUGUGCAGCUCUUGAUAACUCGUGAGCCCAAGCAGCUUCGCACGAUCUGACCUGCAACAGAAAUGCCCAUUUUACAUACAUGCUCCGUCGCCGCGGAUGCAGCCAACAACGGAUGAAGAUGCCGCUUUGGCAGCUAUCGCCGCCUUCAGCCAGCUUACCCCCGAUCAGCAAGAUGCUCAGGCAAAGAUUGCUACAAUACGUAAGGAAGAGGAUGCAAACCCGUUUGUAAACAUACAUGAACUGUUCGCACUUUACGAUGUGCUUUAUUUUCGCUCGCUGCUGGUGUCAAAAGUGGACAUAAGUUGGUCUUCAAGGCUUACGCUUUGUGCUGGCAUGUGUGAAAUCAGUAAAGAUCAGGAAGGGAAAUACACGCGGAUCAAACUGAAGAUGUCAGAACCAUUGUUAAAAUACCGAACUCGCUCGGACACUAUCAACACGCUUCUCCACGAGGCAAUUCAUGCAUACCUAUUCAUUACAACCGGAUGGCGACAUGCAAGAGGAGGCGAUGGCACUGGGCAUGGAAAAGGGUUUCAACUACUAGCGGAUGCUAUCAGCAAUCACGGAGGCUACGAAGUUACUGUAUUUCAUAAGUUCCAUGAGGAAGUGGAUAGCUACCGUACACAUAUCUGGAAGUGCGACGGUCCGUGUCAGAAUCAACCUCCCUUUUUUGGAUUUGUUAAGCGUAGUAUGAAUCGUCCGCCUUCAAAAAAUGAUCCGUGGUGGGAUAAACACCAGGAAGAGUGUGGUGGCAAGUACACCAAGAUUGCUGAACCUGCGCCGACAAAGGCACAGCUUAGUAACAUGACUGCUAAAGCAAGAGCGGGAAGGCAGAAGAACAAGAUCGAUAGCUGGGUACGGAAAUCGAAUUCGGACGAAAAAGAAGAGGCCGAAAAGCCAGGCCGAAUACCCAGCAGCAUCGAGCAUCUCUACAACUCUUUUCUGGUCUCUAACAACGCUGAACACGUGCCGUCUAAGGCCGUCUCUAUGUCUAAUGUAAAACGAGAACGCACCAAAGAUGAUCAAGAAGCGCAACCGCGUAAGAAGAUGCUAGUCAAUUGUCCGAUAUGCGAUGAAAGGAUUGAUGAAGCCAUGAUCAAUCAGCAUCUUGACAACUUGCACGAUUUAUGAAAUUCCUGUGGCACCCAUCCUUUGGGCCGUUCAUAACCAUCUGUUAAAUGAAGGUUAAAAAUUUAUAUUUUCACCAAAAUGCGAGCCACGCAAAGUAUGCUUCGCUUAUUUGAGCAAGAGCCUGCGUCGAAAUUAUGACGAUCGCAUUUUCAUGUUGUUUGGAGAUUUGUCCGUGUAUGUCAUUUGGAAAGUCUAGUCAUAAAGGAUAGAAUACCUCAACAGGACCUCUUCGUAAUUUUAGCAUCUUGUUUGUG